UACACUUCAGCUAUGAAGAAUGAAUUGAUUAGGAAUUACUCAGAGGUGACUGAGUUUAUUCUACUGGGAUUCAGAACCCCUCCAGAGCUACAGAUCCUCUUAUUCCUGGUGUUCUUGCUGAUGUACGUGGUCAUCCUGGUGGGAAAUACCAGUAUGAUUGUUGUCAUUAAGGCAGACGCCAGACUUCACACCCCUAUGUAUUUCUUCCUCAGAAACUUGUCCUGUUUAGAUCUCUGCUACUCCACUGUCAUUGCUCCGAGAACUCUCGCAAACUUCUUGUCUAAUGAAAAGACAAUUUCUUACAAUGGCUGUGCUGCGCAGUUCUUCUUCUUCGCCCUCUUUGUCACAACAGAAGGCUUUCUUCUGGCUGUCAUGGCAUUUGAUCGAUUCUCCGCUAUUUGUUCUCCUCUUCUUUACCCCAUGCACAUGUCUCAGAAGGUCUGUGUUCGGUUGGUUACUGGCUCCUAUAUCUGUGGCGGCAUUAAUUCCAUAGUCCAGACGGGUUUCACCUUCAGCUUACAUUUCUGUGAAGAAAACAGACUUGACCACUUUUUCUGUGAUGUCCCAGCCCUGAUUGAGAUCUCCUGUGCUGACACUUUUGUGAAUCAAAUUGUGCUGUUCAUUCUGUCGGCUUUCAUUAUCAUUGUCACCACAGCAGUCAUUCUGAUAUCUUAUGCUUAUAUCCUCUCCACUGUUCUGAAGAUCCCAUCAACUCAGGGCAGGACUAAGACCUUCUCUACCUGUGGCUCCCAUAUAGCAGUGGUGAGUUUAUUCUAUGGGUCCGUGUUCUUCAUGUAUGCCCAACCUGGGGCCAUCUCCUCACCCCGGCAAAGCAAGAUUGUUGCUGUGUUCUACACACUUAUAAUACCAAUGCUCAACCCGCUCAUAUAUAGUCUGAGAAACAGAGACGUGAAAGACGCUGUGAAAAGAGUAUUAUACAUUAAAUUAUUCGCUCACUGA